CAGCUCGAUUUAGUUGUAUGUUUCAAGUCGGACACAAAUCUUCGACGGACCACACACUUCCUGCCCCAUCGCCGACAUAAACAAGGGAAAAAUAAACAAGAAUAGGUUUUAUAGUUUGCAAAUAGAGGCCGAUCUCGUUCAGUAUGAUCUUACUAACGAUGAUCGCUCGAGUAUCUGACGGGCUUCCGCUAGCGGCGUCUAUCCAGGAGGACGAGCAGUCAGGCAGAGACCUGCAGCAGCAUCAGACUCAGGCCAAGCAGCUUUUCCGUAAGCUGAAUGCUAACAGUCCAGAGCGGUGCACCCUGGAGGCCGGGACCGUGACCUUUCAUUACCUGAUCGCCCAGGGUAUAUGCUACCUGUCCCUCUGUGAGGCUAAUUUCCCUAAAAAACUGGUUUUCGCAUUCCUCGAAGAUCUCCACAAUGAGUUCCACGAGCAGUACGGAAGAAGAGUGUCCACAGUGACAAGACCGUACUCCUUCAUUGAGUUUGAUACGUUUAUCCAGAAAAAGAAGAAAUCCUACGUCGACAACAGGGCCCGGAGGAACCUGGGCAGCAUCAGCACGGAGCUGCAGGACGUGCAGAGAAUCAUGGUGACAAAUAUUGAGGAAGUUCUGCAAAGAGGAGAGGCUCUCUCCUCUCUGGACACAAAAGCCAGCCACCUGUCAAACCUUUCCCAGAAAUACCGCAGUGACGCCAAAUACCUCAACACUCGCUCCACUUACGCCAAGGUGGCCGCUGUGGCCGUGUUCUUCAUCACGCUCAUCAUCUAUGUGCGCUUUUACUGGCUCUAAUGGAUGCACAAACAACCAUCAAAACAACAGUGUUUUUUUUGUUUUCCUUUUUAUUUCAAGGCAUUUGAACACGUCAAAACUCGUGACAUGAACUCAUAAAUGGGGUUUCCAACUCGAGUGAGGGGGCUGUUUACUGAAGUGUCAGAAUUUGAGAUUCUGAUGCUCAGAUCUUCACUCGUACGCUGUUACAUUGUCUGUUGUAAAUGUAUGUGGAGAAAAAAACCUCAAAAUAAAAAAAAGGUUACAAAACA